CUUGAGGCUAGAUGGUGGGUCAGGUGCGUGUAGAUCAAUCCGGGAGGGAGAAUGCGGCCGCUACUAACAGAUCGUGCUUCCAGAUCGCGAAAGUUAUCGCGAAUUUGAUCGUGAUUGGGUCGGGGAUUUUGCUGCGCGCGGUGUCUCAAGCGUACAAGCAAGCGCUGAUCAAUGCAUCCAAAACGGGCGUGGCUCAGGAGACGCUCCAAGAUAUCGCCGAGAAAUCGACCAAGAAAAUGUCGCCGCACGAAGCCAGGAUGAUUUUGGGCGUCAGCGAGAAAACUCCGUGGGAAGAAAUCUUGAAGAAGUAUGAGAACUUAUUUGAGAGGAACGCGAAGAUCGGGAGCUUCUACAUUCAAUCCAAGGUCCAAAGAGCCAAGGAACGAUUGGAAGCCGAGAAGAACAAAGGACAGUAAACAAAAAAGAACUCUCUCACAGGGGUUGACUUG